AGCUCGUUCGUGCCCAGUUUUGUACCAGUCAGGGGUACCCGCGGCCGCAGUCCCCGGCGUGGGGGGCCUGUCCCGCCCGUCCGCCGGGCGGCCAUGGCCGCGGUGCUCGGGCUGGUCCUGUUCGGCGUCGCCCUGGGUGCCCGCGGGGAUGAGGUGCUCGCACUCACCACCGCGAAUUUUUCCCAGCACCUCAAGGACAAUAAGCAGACGCUGGUGGAGUUCUACGCGCCCUGGUGCAGCCACUGCAAGAAGCUGGCCCCUGAGUUCGAGAAAGCGGCCGGGAGCCUGAAAGCCUUGGGGAAGCCAGUGUCCUUGGUGAAGGUGGACGCCACGGAGGAAAAGGACUUGGCAACCAAGUACGGCGUGAAGGGCUUCCCUUUCUUGAUCUGGUUCGAAGAUAGCAAGGAGACGGAGUACGACGGCGGGCGCACUGCCGAGACUAUAGUCGAGUGGGUCCAGUCGAUGAUGGGCCCCGCCAUCCCUGGGCAGCAGACGCCACGCCAGCAGUGAUCUUCGCCGCCCCUCUUGCCACUGCAGCCGACGACAAAGGCGAAGGCCCAGGGGCGGGCACGGCGCGUAUUCUCCAGGGAGCCUCGCCGAACGCAUGGACCAUCGGCGCCCCUGGAUACACAAGGGCUCCCUCGAGUGCGCGAAGUUAUUCGCGCUUCGCGCUUCGCGGUCCUCGUUCCUCCUCCCCCUCCUCCUCGUCCUCCUCUUCUCCCCCUUGGGGGGCGGCGCGAGAGCGCGAAGUUAUUCGCGCUUCGCGCUUCGCGCAGCGCGAAGCGCGAAGUUGGGAGCCCUUGAUACAUGUAUUGUUCGUCGCCGCCGAUUUUCACUGGAG